AUGGUUCCUUCGCAGCCGUCUCUUCGGAAUACUCGGAGCAAGAGUGGUCCCAUUCGCAUUCGAAUCGGGACACUUGUUCACAAAAUGAAGGCUGUCAUCGAAGAGAGCCGUCUGCAACCACGCGAACAAGACAUCGACUCCAUGGACCUUGUGCAACUGAAACGCGUAUUCCGAGAUAAUUGGAACCAGAACAAUCGACUGACUCGAAAACUCGUUCAGUUGAGAGAACUGGAUUGUCGCUGGGCCGAAAUCGUCAUCGGGAGCGCCUUCGAACGGAGGAUCAAACGGAUGUACACGGAGAAGUACGGCGACUACAUGCGGGUCAUCGAGCCGUCUGAGGCAGCUGUUCAGAAGAGCAAGAAGCUCUUCAAGCACUGUUUCACCGUUCUCCGUCGUAAAUAUCCGCAUGCGCCGUUCAAAAUUCAUUGA